AUGAACGCACAGAAUGGAGGAGAUCGAGGGAAAGCGAACGCACAGAAUGAAGGAGAUCGAGGGAAAGCGAACGCACAGAAUGAAGGAGAUCGAGGGAAAGUGAAUGCACAGAAUGAAGGAGAUCGAGGGAAAAUGAAUGCACAGAAUGGAGGAGAAAGAGGGAAAAUGAAUGCACAGAAUGGAGGAGAAAGAGGGAAAAUGGACGCACAGAAUGGAGGAGAUCGAGGUAGAAUGAACACACAGAAUGGAGGAGAUCAAGGAAAAGCAAACGCACAGAAUGGAGGAGAAAGAGGGAAAAUGAAUGCACAGAAUGGAGGAGAAAGAGGGAAAAUGGACGCACAGAAUGGAGGAGAAAGAGGGAAAAUGAACGCACAGAAUGGAGGUGAUCGAGGGAAAUGA